AUGGAUGGUGUUACUGCUAAUGAUGAAUAUUUUCCGCAAAAAGCUGAUGCCACGGGUAGACAAAGUCUUUCACCAUUGCAAAAAGGUACUGCGUCCAUGAGGAUGUUGGCAUAUGGGUAUCAGUUGAUGAUGUUGACACUUAUUGAGAAGAGUGGAUCCACAACAAGGGAAGCUCUCAUGCACUUCGUAGAUAGUGUCAUCUCAUGUUUUGGUGACGAGUACUUUAGAAAGCCUAACGAAGCUGACUUGGCAAGACUACUCUACUUUGGAGAUCAACGUGGAUUCCCGAGUAUGAUAGGUAGUAUUGGCUGCAUGCAUUGGGAAUGGAAAAAUUAUCCAAGUGCAUGGGAUGGACAAAAUGCCGGAAGAAGUGGAAAGCCAACAAUCAUUUUGGAAGCCGUUGCAUCAUAUGAUUUAUGGAUAUGUGUUGAUCCUCUCUCUCAGUGA